UCCUGAAUUCAGACCACAACGUCUUAAUACCCGUUCUCAGUCUCUUUAGCACCUAAGGGACAACAAACUUGUGUAACAUUAUAACAAUCAAAGUCUGUUCUGCCACCUACUACUAGCGCUUCAUGGGCUCAUUGUGCUCCAAGGCCGGUGUGCAUUCCGGGGGACAUCAGGUGUUGGGAAGCACUGUCGCCCAGUCAAAUGAUGGCACCACCGUGACACCGCCUUCUAAUCCUCGCGCCGCAGCUGCAGAGGCUGCUGAGAGAAGGUUGAAAACGGCACAUGCACGAGGUACUAAUGCCUCGAAUCCGAAUCGGGGACGACUUGCCGAACAGGUCGAGGCCGCGAAAGCGGUGAGAUCAGUACCUACAUCAAGAGAUGAAGAACGGCUAGUGUGGGAUUGAAUAAUACUUUGUGCGUGUGUAUCGCCUCACCGCCAGUAUAACAUGAUCGCCGAUCCCUCCCAUAAUUUUCAAUUUACCUCGGACCCGCUCAAUCAUGAAGUGAUCCCUCAAGGCCUCAUGGGCAUGUUUCUUCUUGUAUAUCAUGCCCCACUAUUAUCUUACACGUCGUCGAACUCAGCGGACUACCGGUGAGACAGCAUGACUCGGAUGUUCGGACACGUUGUUUUCAUUGUAGAGCAUGCCAUCUCUUCUGUUCCCAUGAUCGAAGAAAGUGACGCCGUUUUGAUUUGUCUUGGUCCAUGUACUCCCUGAGAUGUAAAUGGGUAAAUGAUGAUUGUUGGAGGAUAUGAUAUGGUUGUGUGAAUCCCC